AUAUUACUGUACAAACUAUGGAUUUUAAUUUUUUAAUUAUCUAAACAAAUUUAUCUAAACAGAUUACGUUUUUAUUACUAAUAUAAUACAACGUUUAGCUUCCGAGAAAUAAAAGGGUGUUACUUUAGAAAGUCUAUGUCAAUAAAUUGACAAUCUUCCUCUGUCUCUUAUACAAGAUUUUAAGAUAUCAUAUUUCAGAAACUUAUGAGAUACAUGAUCAAGAAGAUAUCUUUUAAAAAUCUGAAAGGUAUCUCAUGUGACAAAAUAUAAAAAAUAUCUUUAAAAAUACCUUUUAGAUAUCUUCUAGGUAUACCUUAAUGAUAUCUUCAGUAAGAUAUCUUUUAAAUAUCUACAGGACUUUGAUGUUUUACGUUUCAUGCGAGAUAUACGCACGGGUUGACGACGCGUUUUCUUCAUAAUUUAGCCGCCUUAUCUACUUAUGGAACAAGAGUCCGUGUAUCGUAUCGCUUGCACGGUGGACAGCCACGCAGCUGGCCGUGCCCGAGGUUGAUGGGUUUUCCCGCACCCCUACUCCAUUCACUCAAGAAUUACCGCCACACGCUCCGCUGCGCGCACGCGCGCCCAAGCGCGCGAUUCCAUCGAGGUGCCUAGCUCGAACAAACGAAGGUGUCGUCUGAGCCCCGCUACCCCGGUGAUAUCAAAAAAUCGGCUAGCCUCGUUAUUAAAGGAGUCUUCUCGCAAGAAAGAAAAUCGAUAGUGAUAGCCUAUGGGUCCCGUUCCACAUACGGGACGCGAUAACGCGAGAUAUGGCGCGCUGAUAUCCGCAAUCGCGUACUCGCGUGCUCGUCUUUAUCGGUGCGCGUGCACUUAUCGUGGAUUCACCCGUCGUUUCCGGGAAAAAAGGAGGGCGGGGGGGAGUAAUUUCGCACCGUUUCAUUUAUCCGCAGAUACGUGCGAGACCUUCUUUAUAGCUGCGCUAAGUGAUAUCUUUUGUAUUUAAGGUAAAAAAAAAAAUUUAGAAAAAGAAAUGAGGUCGCGAAGAGAUAAGGCUCUAGGCACGUCCCUGCGGACUCGGCGCGCCGCGCAUGCGCGCGGUAGAGGCUGCCUGUUUAGCAACAACGCGCUCUCUCUUUUUCUCCGCCGAUCAGUUCGUUCUGAGAUCACGAGACGGUACGAGAGCUCGUUCGUGUCGCGCGUGGCCACACGAAACGAACGCGUCGCACACGACGAUCGAACGACAAGGCGCGCGGACGCACUCCCCCAUCUUGUUUCCUUCGGCAGUGGGCGGAAUAGAAAAGAGAGAAGCUCGGCUCCAAAGUCGAGGAAAGGCGCGUUUUCGUAGUGUACGGUGAAAGGCGUCGAAAAAGCCAAAGUGGAACGAGAUAGAAAGUCGGACGCGCGCCAUUCGAGGGAGCGAGAGAGACGGAGCGAGCGACCUGUCGACGAGGGAAGGGGGAGCGGGCCAAAGUGCGGGGCACAGCUGUUCCCGUGGAAGGAGGAGGGGAAAGAUCGCGCCGAAUAAACGCGUCGACGACAGCGAACGAACGGAAGAGGACGUCGGGGAACUCGACCGUACGGAAGGAAGUCGAACGACACGUCGCGUUCCACCCGAGAACCCGCGCGCGGCAUCGAAGGUUAUCGUAUACGCCGACGAGGAACGGAGGUUAUCGCGUGACGGCGCCAGUCGCGAGUUCGCGAGCGGGUUAAAUUCUCGUCACGCGACGAAAGGAAGAGAGAGAAAGAGAGAGAGAGUGCGGAGGAGAAGCGCGAAAGCAUCGAUACGACAGGUGUCCGGGAAGGGAAAAGUCCCGUUAAGAAAGGAGGUUAUUUUCUUGCGCGAGCGACGACGGGAAAUAGAAAAGAUGUGGCGUCCGACGAGUAGAGAUACCCAGAUGGAGGAACGUAUUGCAGAGAGCGACGAGGGGAAGCAGCGGCGGUGGAAGCGCGACGACGACCGUUGCAAGUGCGAGGACGAGGACGAGGAGGAGUCGUCGGGCAACGUCGACUCCGGGUUCCUGUCGGGCGGCAAUCUGCAGUUCAGCGGCGAGAUCACCGACUCGGGGUUGUUGCAAUCGCGCGAGGAGGGACGGUGGGGGGAGGGGGAGGGGAGGUGGCAGGUGGCCGGUGGCGAGGUGACGACGGCGACGACGACGACACCGUCGUCAGCAUCGUCAUCGUCAACUACGGCGGCGUCGGCGACGACUAUCGCCGACGAGAAGCCAAUGAGGGCGAUCAUCGACAGCGGCGUGGUGGACCUCGACCUCACCGAGACCCUGAGCCAGCUCAACUUGAAGCAGGUUACCCUGAACCCGCUCGACGCCAAGACCCCGACAGCGCCCGAGCUGUUGCCCGUCAGCGCGAGCUUCGCGCGAGCCGACGAGGACGACGCGCCGUUCGUCGUUGAGGAGGAACGUCACCGCGCGCCGGUGACGAGCGCCGACGAGCACCCGUGGCAGCUCUACUAUACGCAGGACGACGACGGUGACACGCAAUUGCACAUCGUGAUCAUGCAGGGCUUCGUGGAGGCCGCGCUCUGCCUAAUAGGGAUGGCCCCCGAUCCGUGCCUGUUGGACACCCUGAACGACGACUGGCAGUCGCCUCUCUACCUGGCGGUGCUGACGCACCAGCCGCUAAUCGUCAGGCGGCUGAUCCUAGCGGGCGCGGAUCCUUCCGUCAGGAAUCUACGCGGAGACACAGCCCUCCACCUGGCCUGCAGGAGCGGCGACCUCGCCUGCGCCAAGGCCCUCACCGAACCGUUGUCCCCGAUAGAGAGGAACAGGCUGACGCCCGGUCAGACGGUGCCCGGCUUACCGCAAAAUUUGGAGCAACGAAAUUAUAAUGGCGAGAUGUGCUUGCACGUGGCCGUCGCCAAAGGACACGUGGAUUUGGUGCGACUGCUGUUGCGCUUAGGCGCUGAUCUCAGGGCGAGGGAAGGCCUGGCCGGAUACACGGCGCUUCAUCUCGCGGUGAAGCAUAAGUGCUGGCCGUUGUUUCAUCUCCUAUUGCCAGAAUACCGACGCGCGUCAUGCUUGAACGAGCGAACGUACGGCGGUAGGACGGUCUAUCAAUUGACCCUGGACGUCAGCGGUGAGUUCGCCAGGAAGGCGCGCAGGGAGCUGAUGCGGCAUGGCGCGAAGACAGAACCAUUACCGGAGUCGGAUUCCGACAGCAAUUCCGAAAACAGCGAAGAUGAGGAGAUGACGACAAGAGCGUCGUGGACGACGAAUUACUUGCCUGCAGUCGGAGUGACGGUCUAGAGUAUCCAUUGAUGUCUAAUUUAUCAAUUAAUUUGAGUGUUAAGUAAUUGAGAAGAAGAUUUAUCUCUCGAAUCACAUCGACAACGUCAUUUUAGUCUCUCGACCGAAUCGGAGAAUUACAUUAAAGAUUUUCCAAGGAGGAGAUCAAAAUCGCGUCUUACGUCUUGUAUUUUUCAUACGCCUACACAGUUUUCAUACAUUUAUUUUAAUUAACGAGACAAAUAGGUAUCUGGAAAGAAAAAUUAGAUUUAUUAAAUAAAAAUCGUAUUUUGCGGAAAUAAAUUUGCAGUUUUUAAAUUCGAUGACGCGCUGGACGAUGUCGUGUUAAUAUUAAAUUAUUAAAUUUAUUAAGACAAGUAAUUAGGACAAAAUUAUUCAAAUUUACAAGAAAACAAAAGUUGCGUUUGACAAUACAAACUUCGAUAUAUAUAUAAGGUAAUAAAAAAUUGAUGUUUAAUUUUGAAGCGCCUAUGACGCCGUCUUAAUCUGCUGGGUGGAUUAAGAUAUACAGUAAAAUAAAGAAGAAAUGAAAACAUCAGUUAAGUAUAGAUAAGGAAUAGAAUUUCUCGAGAUUAGCUACAAUGUGUAUUAUAUUUAAUGCGUCACUAUAGAGAUAUUGUCUCUACGAGUCGGCGAGUAUUACUAUUGUAAUACAAUUAUAGACUGCGUACGUUUUUCGAAUCGAUACCGGUAGCAGUGUAUGAGGGACAAGCGACGAACGAGGGUAACGAAAAUGCAUGGGAAUCGAAGAUCUCAGAAGCGAACUUAUACGCGAUUAACGAAACAUUCAUUCAAUUACGAACGAGGCGACGACACGUAUAGACGCGGGUUGUCUUAGCGGUCGUUCGUUUUUCUCCCUAAUAAUCUUUCGUAGCAAAUAGGCAUGCGGCAUACUGUGGGACGUGAAGAGUAUUCCAAAAAAAAGGAUGUACAAAUAAUACAAAGGACAAAUGUAUAUUUUAACGCGAAUGUUCUCACGACGCUCGUAUGUGAGCGAAAGGAGGUGUGACAGUAUCGGAAUGCGUGACAACACGAAAGUGGAAUACUACUCGCGCUUAUCUGACGGGAUGCUUUAUCGUGUAAAUAAAGAGUUCAAUCCGCAUUCGACCACACGAAUACUCGUAAAAAAGAGUUUUAUUAUAAGUUGUAAGUCGAUACGUGGAUACAUAUUAAAGCGAGGAUAAAUAAUCAGAUUCACAUUCUCAUCGUGCGGCUCGCGUAGCCGUGCACAAUGUACAUGCAUAUAUUUAUAUAUCAGCGUAUCGAAAAGAAAGGUCCAGAACGAUGCGAUGUUCAUCGACGGUGAACAUAAUCGGAUCAGUGUUCGUUGUAGUAUACAAUUGCUUCCAUCGUCAUAUGGUACUCAUAUGGUAAUUCCUCUCAUCUCUUCUUGUACAUAGACAUUUUCCGUUAGAAUCAUAAGUAUAUCAUUGUCGCGAUAUAUUACAAGUAACAACGACGAUAUCAUCAUUGUUAUAUUCGUAUAUAAUAAAAAUUAUAAUUAUUUUUAAUAAAAAAGAAUACGUUAUAAAAAAA